AUGCGGGAGCAUAAUUCGUUCGCGAACCUCAAGAAAUGCAUAUUUGCAGCGAACGAGAUACCACUUUUUGGCUGCAUCGUGGGUAAAAACGAUGUACGCCCUGAUCUGGAAAAGAUUAAGGCUAUUAGCAACUGGCCCGUGCCAGUCGACGUCAAGGUACUUCGGAAGUUCCUUGGCUCAGCGGCGUACUUGCACAAGUACUCGCGCAACUAUGCUGAAUUGACCGUACAUAUCUCUCGUCGGUAA